AUGUUCUCUUCUAUUUGCACAAAGGCAGUACUACUAUCAUGUUUCGUCUCCGCUACAACGGCGCAAUCGAAUGCCGCUGCGAAGUUAAACAGCUCAAAGGCAACCACUCCACCACCUCAGGAUAAAAAAGACGCUCUAGGAUCAUGGAGUCCGGUCAUAGAUUUCCCCAUCAUCCCCGUAGCCGCAUACAUCGUCCCCGAGUACCCAUCCCCCACACGAAUGCUCGUCUUCUCCGCCUUCUCUCCCAACUCCUUCGGCGGCCAACGAGGCAUCACGCAAUUCGCAGAGUACAACCUAGUCAACGGCACCGUCUCUAGACGCGAAGUAUCACAAACAAAACACGACAUGUUCUGCCCGGGCAUAAGCUCCCUCGGCGAUGGCCGCCUCGUCGUGAGCGGCGGUGCCAACGCCGAAAAAACCAGCCUGUACCUCCCCUUCAGCAACGAAUUCGUCGCGGGCCCCAACAUGAACAUCCCGCGGGGCUACCACUCGAGCACCAUCCUCUCCACCGGCAACAUCUUCGCAAUCGGCGGCUCCUGGAGCGGCCCCGUGGGCGGCAAAGCCGGCGAACUCUACGACGCAAAGUCAAACUCGUGGAAACUUCUUCCGGGCGCAGCCGUCAAACCAAUGCUGACAACCGACCACGAAGGCGUCUACCGCGAAGACAACCACGCCUGGCUUUUCCCCUGGCGCAACGGCUCCGUAUUCCAAGCCGGCCCCAGCAAAGCCAUGAAUUGGUACUACACCGAUGGAAAAGGGGACGUCAAGCCCGCCGGCAUACGCAAUACCGAAAACGACUCAAUGUGCGGUGUGAACGUCAUGUACGAUGUCGGCAAGAUCUUCACGGCGGGAGGGGCACAGUACUACUACGAAGCACCCGGUCUGCGCGUUGCCCACAUGAUAGAAAUCGACAAGGUGGGCGCCCAGGCAAAAGUACAGCGACUACCGGAUAUGAAGCACGCGCGCGUCUUUGCGAAUGUGGUUGUGCUGCCUGAUGGGAAGAUACUGGUGACGGGAGGUCAAGGUGUAGCCGAAGGCUUCACAGACAAGGAGCCCGUUUUUCAUCCUGAAUUGUUUGAUCCGGCGACACGUACAUUCACCGAACUGGCUCCGGAGGUCGUGCCGAGAAACUACCAUUCUGUCGCGAUUUUGCUGCCGGAUGGAAUGGUGUUUACGGGUGGUGGUGGACUCUGCUGGGACGACGGCUCAGGAAGAGUGUCGGAGCCGUGUCGCAAUACUGUUGAUCAUCCCAACGGCCAGAUCUUUACGCCGCCAUAUCUGACUACCGGUGCACCGAGACCCGUUAUCGAAAAGGUUGCUUCGGCCAAGGUUGCGCCGGGUGGGCGGCUCGAAGUCACGAUGAAGGGAAGUGCCAAGGGUGUUUCCUUUUCUCUGAUUCGGAUUGGAAGCGUCACGCAUAGUGUCAAUACUGAUCAGAGGCGUGUGCCGCUCGAGCCAAAGGUCGAUGGUGACAAGGUUACACUGCCUAUCUUGAACGACCAGGGCGUCAUGCUACCGGGCAUGUGGUACCUCUUCGCAGUUAGCGAAAAGGGCGUGCCGAGCAUUGCAAAGACAAUUCAUAUGCAACAGGUUUGA